AUGGACAUGGACAUGGAUAUUGAUAUCGACCUCGACCCGGAGAUUGCGCGCCUCCAGGCCUCGACCGCCGCGCUCAAUGCACUGCCAUCUGCUAUGCAAGCUGACACCAACAACACCAUUGCCGAUGCAGAUGCCAUGGUCGAGGAUGGCGAGGUCGCCCCGAGUGAUGCGGUCGCGCACAAAAUCCACAUUUCCGGCCUUUCCACUCUCACUACCCACGAUAUCGCAAGAUUUGCUUCCGACAACAACAAAGACCACGAAGACCACGUCAAGAUUGAGUGGGUGGAUGACCACUCCGCCAACAUUGUGUACUCUAGCGACGCUGCUGCGGCUGCCGCGCUCCGCGCGUUCUCUCUGACCCCUAUCGAAGACCCACUCGAACCUCGCCGAGCGCAGAGUCUACUCACCCAUCCCGACAUUGAGCUGUACGUUCGCCAGGCACUUGUGACGGAUGUGAAGGUUCAAGGAGCUGCGGCACAGAGCACAUUCUAUCUGCGGAACCCUCAAUACGACCCUGACUUGCACCCGAGGAGCAGAGGUCGCGGCCGAGGUCGGGGUGGAAAUAGAGGUCGAGGCGGAGGUAGAAAUGAUUAUCGGCAUCAUGGGGGAGGUUUUGAGGAUGACCAAAUGGACCGCUCGCGUCGAAGCUCGGGAACCGAAAAGGGCUUCAGUGUCGACCUGUACGAUGAUGUCAAAUCGGACUCUGCACCUACAGCUCCACGCGCUGCGCGGCGAGACAGCAGCUAUUCAAGUGGAGACCGAAAUGCAGGCAGGCGAGGAGGUCGGAAUCUAGAGAGGCAGAGCGUGGACUUGAUUCGGGAGAGAAGAGACGGCCGACUUCGUGAUCGGAGCGCGUCUCCGACCAGGGAUGGAGAUGGACGCUAUGGAUUCAGCGAUACUCAGCCAUACCGCGCAACUGCUCGCCACAGAACACCGCCACCUCGUCCAGACAAUCAUGCCGCGAGUAGAGCCAUCAGACAGGAUCUCUUCGCUCAUAAGAAAGCCGCAUCUGCACUUCAGAAUGCCACAAAAGCACAAGUCGAGCUUUUCCCAGACCGCGCCAACGAUCACCCGACCAGCGACCUCUUCCCAGCCAAGAUCAAGGAGAAGCGACAGAGGGAGCUUCGACCCGCGGACAUAACAUCUGCAAUUACCCAUCAGCGGCCACGAUACAAUUCUGGUCACAACGGUGGCGACCUCAUCACACACACAAGCAGCAAGCACGGACGCUUGAACGACGACUCUGAGGAUGGCGUGAAUUGGAGUAUCAAGGGCGCUGGAUCUCGAGGCUCGAGCAGCGACUUCUCCUUCCUCGGCAGGGCGAAGGCGGAGACGAGGGGUGGCCAAAAGGAUCUCAUCGACAAUCGGUCUGGACGGUCCGGACAGCGGCUGAGCAGGUCGUAA